UGUGGUGAGCCUUGAGGCUGGGGAGGGCCUGUGUGCCAUUCUCUGGGUGAGCUGGGCAGCUGUCAGCUGUGCAGACAGGCUGGAAGGCUGGCCUGGAGCAGGGGGAUGGAAGCGCAGUGUGGAAGGCAGUGUGGCCUGGGGUACUCUACCUAUGCUGGCCAGCGUGGUCUGUUUAAUUUGAAAUUAAUGAAACUUGAGCAAAUGCAAAGUUUAGUCCCUCAGUCAUAUUAGCCCCAUUUCAGGUGCCCAGCAGCCCCACGGCCAAUGCCUUCUGUGUUGUGUAGCUCAAAUAUCCUGUCUCCUUGCAUGAAAUACACUACACAGCACUGGCCUGCUCCACCCUGUGCACUGGGUGUUUGAAUAAGGCUGGGGUGGGGGAGAUCAAACAGACCCCAGGGCUUUGGUCUUACCUGCUGUGGGGGAGUAUUGAGAGGGGAGGACUCGCUGGAGGUGUAGGAUAGAAGGGUCACACGGGCCAUCUUCCUAGCCUCUGCUUGCAGCUCAAGGGCAUCGAGAACCUUCCAUGUGAGCUUCAGAGGAACUUCCAGCUCAUGCGAGAGCUGGACCAGAGGACAGAAGAUAAGAAAGCCGAGAUUGACAUCCUGGCCGCAGAGUACAUAUCCACGGUGAAGACCCUUUCUCCAGACCAGCGUGUGGAGCACCUGCAGAAGAUCCAGAGUGCCUACAGCAAGUGCAAGGAGUACAGUGACGAUAAGGUGCAGCUGGCCAUGCAGACCUACGAGAUGGUGGAUAAACACAUCCGAAGGCUUGAUGCAGACCUGGCACGCUUCGAAGCGGAUCUGAAGGACAAGAUGGAGGGCAGUGACUUUGAAGGCUCCGGAGGACGAGGGUUAAAAAAAGGUCGGGGUCAGAAAGAAAAAAGAGGCUCCCGGGGUCGUGGCAGGAGGACCUCAGAGGAAGAUACUCCAAAGAAAAAGAAGCAUAAAGGAGGGUCUGAGUUCACCGACACCAUCCUGUCCGUGCACCCCUCUGAUGUGCUGGACAUGCCUGUGGACCCAAAUGAGCCCACGUACUGCCUGUGCCACCAGGUGUCCUAUGGGGAGAUGAUAGGCUGCGACAACCCAGACUGUCCUAUUGAGUGGUUUCACUUCGCCUGCGUGGAUCUGACCACAAAACCCAAAGGAAAAUGGUUCUGUCCACGGUGCGUUCAGGAAAGGAGGAAGAAGAAGUAAGGUGGAUGCCCGGACCAGAAGAGCAAGUUAAUAUAUUCCUUCUUCACGUUGCAAUAUUUUCUCUUCAUUUUAAAACUACCUUGUUUCCAAUGAUAUUUAAGAACUCAGUGGCCAGUUGUAAUUCUGGAGACUUCCUAAAACAAACAAGAAUCCUCCCGAGCCCUGUUUGCACGAAGAGUGGUCUUACGGGGACUCGUCAUGAUGACUUUGUUCUGGAGACGUGGUACCGGCUCUGUGCCGGAGAGCUGAGCCUUCCAUGGGCGCCGUAGUGGGGACCGUCCAGCCCAUGCGCUGCCGUCCCUCUGUAGCUGAGGCGCAAGCCCGCGUGCUCCGUCCUGCUUUCCUGGGGCUGCCCCAGCUCGUGGGGCAGCGCAUCUGUCCCCUGCGAGGCCUUGCCGGAGUCGUCUGCCGUGUUUGGGCUCUGCACCAGGGCCUAUGGCCUGCCUGGGCCAGGUGGGCUCUCCCUAGGGGCGGAGCGCUCUGUUUCACUGUGCACUGCCUGUUUCCGUCUGAGCUCCCCGUUCCCUCUGUGAGGGUUUCAUCUUCUGGAGUAGAUGGCUCUCUGUCAGCACGCAGCGGUCGUUCCUGUGACUGGCCCACGGGAGCCGUGUGACAGACAGUGGGUGCGCCGUUUCUCUGGGAAUUCCUGACAUUUUUACUGUGAAGAUCAAAUUAUCAUAACAGCAUGGAGAUCGUGGGUCUGUGUGUCUGUGAAGUGAGUCCAGUCCAGUGAGACCUGAUUUUAAACCUGUUCUGUUGCACAUGGGUCGGUCAGCAGCUCCUGUCCAAGGGGACAAUGAUCAUGUGAUACGAUUUGUGAAUUUCUUGUGCCACACAGUCCUGGAAUGAAGCUGGCAAACUAGAAUGUGUCUUCUGUUUAAUCUGCAUUCACCAAACCAGUCCUGAACCAUGUUUUUGGGAAUAGUUGGGGGAAAUUACAUAUGCUUGGUGUGUUGCGAUCCAUUUGUGAUGGUGCGUAGUGUGACUUCUGGGAACAUGCGUGGACUUGGAGACCCUCCGGCACACGUCUAAAGGAGUCCGAGGAGUCCUGAAGAAAGGGAACCUGUUUCUGUCCUCGAGGCAGGAAAAGAAAUCCAGGAGGCGGUGUCAAGAUGUGACAUUCCUAACUGAUGAAGAAUCUUGCCUUCUUUAUCAGGAGACCUUCUGGAAUGGUGCACCUGCUUCCUGCAGUGACCGUGUCUACCAUAUGUUCUCGCCUUUUCUUUAAUAUUUCACCAAGGGCAGGAGAUGACGUGGAGAGAAACUUGGGGGACUGUGUCCUGCGUGGCCACUCCUCACCAAGGCUGUUUCCAGUCGGUAAAUGAGAGGUGAAUGUUAGCUUUGACAUCAGAGGGCCGUGAGCCUACAUCUGUGGUUCUCGGUGGGUCAGCCCGUGCCCCACGUGCUGUCCCACUGUCCCUUCGGGGCUUCCAGGGCACUGCAGGUGGGGUCAGUUGGAGAGUGCCACCCUUUCGGUCCUGUGCUGCAUGGUUAGGGUAGGGGGUUAGCAGCUGGCCUGACGAGCUAUCCCAGAGCCAAUGCCUUCCUGCUGCCAGAAAGGAGGGGUGGGGGGCUCAGGAGGAGCACCGGCCAGCUCGCGUUCCUCGGUCUCAGUUGUGGCCAAAAACGAGGCUCGUUUGUAUUUAGUCACUUAGAUUUUUGUUAACACAGGUGUUUAAAGAUUGUGGGGAAUAAAUUGUGGAAAACUGUUUCCUUCA